UAGUUUAGCAGAUUGAAACAUGAUCCAGCCGCGCCACAUAGACACACAAGGCUCUGAGGAGCCUGCCAUCAACCACAUACCGGAGACCGAAUGAAGUGACGUUAAUAGGAUCACAGAAUCAGGGCAGUGAGUCGAGAAUCGGGCAGAGAUCGUUCAUAGAGAGGAUAUCAUCAGCAGCACCUGACGAAGCAAAGGCAAGGCACACGCACGGAAGCUUACUGGGGAGGAGGGAAGAUGCCGCCUUCAGUCUGCGUCAAAGCUGAGAUGCAUGAGCAUGAGAUGAUCUUGCGGGUGCCGUGGUGUUUUUAGGACACAAUUAGUUUUCGCGGAUCAAGGCAGAUUAUUUCAGCAGUUUUUUGUUGUUGUUUUAUUUUUUUGCUGCAGAGCAGCUAUGGUUGUCUCACCCAUGGCGGCAUCAUUCCUAUUUCAAUGAUUUGGGGAAGAAACUACUUGGGGAACUUGUAUUUAGGGGGGUAUGCAGAACAUGGAGAAGAGUUUGGAUGUUAAUUCAUUUUAGAAAACACGACCAAACAAACAACAAGAAAAGCGUUUUAUGAUCAGGUAUAUGUUUACCAAAUAUGAUGAACUCGUUUCUUUUCUCUGAUGCUUCAUCUGCUGCAAUGAUUGCCACAAUACCAAUCUCAUCUGCUGGUACGGGCGCAGUGACCAGCGCUCUGCGCAACGACUUGGGCUCCAACAUCCACGUCCUGAAGACUUUAAACCUGCGAUUCCGUUGUUUUCUUGCCAAAGUACACGAACUCGAGCGAAGAAACAAAUUAUUGGAGAACCAACUGCAGCAAGCGUUAGAACAACAGCGUUACCAAGGUCCUUAUACUCGUGAAGUUGCUGUCCAAACGGACUCACCCGAAUCCAGGCUUCCCGGUACCAUUUGGAGUUUCACCCACGUGAGGAGACAAGGGGAACGCUUCGAAACUCUCCAGGGGCCCGGUGUGUCCUGGAAUCACCCAGACGGAGUCGGAGUCCAAAUUGAUACCAUCACCCCAGAAAUACGAGCUCUGUAUAAUGUUCUGGCCAAAGUCAAGCGAGAGAGAGACGAAUACAAGAAAAAAUGGGAGGAGGAGAUGUGCAGACGAGAUCAGCUGGAGAACAUGGUGGAGACUCUCCAGGAGAGUGCCCAGGAGUCGGAGGAGAUCCAGGAUGAGCUGAAUGAUAAGGUGGAGAGGCUGAAGGCUGAACUGGUGGUCUUCAAGAGUCUCAUGACUGAUCAAAUGUCAGACCUGGACAGUAAGAUCCAGGAGAAGGCCAUGCGCGUGGACAUGGAUAUCUGCAGGAGGAUCGACAUCACGGCCAAGCUGUGUGACGUGGCUCAGCAGAGGAACUCAGAAGACAUGUCCUUGAUGUUCAACGUCAGUCCUGCCCGCUCACUCCCUGAGAGGGGUGCCAUGGCAUGCUGCAGAAGGAAGGAACGCAAGGCUGCAUCCGACGAAGACAGUUCUGAGAUGGACGCCGACCCCAGCACCUCUGAAGAGGAGGGCCCGGGGACACUCAACAUCACUGACGAGAUGAAGCGCAUGCUGUACCAGCUGCGGGAGACGUUCGACAUCGACGACGACUGUGACAGUCUGACGUGGGAGGAGAACGAGGACACGCUGCUGCUCUGGGAGGACUUCGCCAACUACAAUGUCACCCCGGCCGUCGCCCUGGCGACCGGCACAGCCCCCUGCGUCGCCAACAGCAACUGUGCCGAGGGCCAGGAGCCUGUGUCUCAGGAUGGAAGCCUGGGUAGCUUGAUAGACGAGACUGAGUCUCUGUUCAAGACCAGGGAGCAGGAGUACCAGGAAACCAUAGGACAGAUCGAGGUGGAACUGGCCACAGCGAAGAGCGACAUGAACCGCCACCUGCACGAGUACAUGGAGAUGUGCAGCAUGAAGCGAGGCCUGGACGUCCAGAUGGAGACCUGCCGGAGGAUGAUCAAGGGCGGCAGGAGCUCCCCGUCGGUCAGCUCCGUGGCCAGCAGUGACUCAGGGAACACCGACGAGAUCCAGGACGAGCUGGACAAGGACGGAGAGGCGAGGGACCAAUCAGCUGAUGGCUGACCUGCCAGGUCCCGCCCCUGUCUCCGUCCCCUCCCUUGCUUUCUCCCAGGAUUCUUGCUCACAGAGCUCCGCCCAUAUGUGGGGGAAGGUGUGGGGUUCGGGGGGAUACUGUUUGACAUUGGGUCUGCUUGUUUUCUGCUGGCGGUGCAGCCGGUGGCGUCGCAGGCCCGAACUGGUGCUUUACUGUCUGUUGUUAUAGGGAUAAGGAGGGUUUGUUUGCUUCAUAAAGUGUUCCAAGGCAAAGGUGUGGUGCGUUUAGUGACUGAGUUGUGCUCAGCUCCUCAGUGCUGGCUCCUACAACCCAGACAUCUAGACCCAGCAACAUUUUCACGAGUCAACAUGGCUCACCGCUAACCUUUUUGUACCACAGACAGUUGCAUCACCUCAUCAUCACCUUUCUACUAAACUGUCACCUAUAUGAUACAGCUCUUUUGGUGAACAGGGAAAAAUCUUCGGUGUUUACCAUUGAAUAAUGAUGUACUUAUUGAGUUUGUCUACAGAGCUACACCCUGCAGGACAGCAUUGUCAAGAAAGCAAGUUGCCACCUGCAUGUGCUCCAUAGGUGGAUGAACAACUAUUUGCGGUGCAAAUACAGUAUAGAAACGAGAGUUGACAAGUUUCCACCAAAGAGCCGAGCACGCUGUCUAGUUGUUUAGCUCCCACCAACAACCCAUGGUUGCCAGCAUUGACAAGAACCAGAGCACAACCCAUAGCAGAAUAAUGCACUCUACUCUUCAAGUUCUAUGCAAUUUAGCUAGCCUUAUUUAUGACCUUUGACCCUACAACCCCCUGCCCCCCCUUCCCUUCCCUCGCCCAACCCCCUCCUCCCUUUCUCCCGCCUUCUCUCCUGUCCCCUGUCUCCUUGUACUUGGCUGUCUGAAGCCAGGCAGGUUGUUUUGUAUCUGAAUGCUCCUUUGUGUUUGCGUCCUGGGUGUGUGAGGGAUAGGGGGUGUGGGGAGUUUACUACUGGCAUACUAAACUGUGGAAGUGUUGGAACAGUGACCCUUCGUUGAGUCCAGAGGGAAAGCAUAUUGUUUAUCUUCUAGGUUCGAAGGAAUACCUGAGAGGCCCAUGAAUAUCUAAUCAGUUAUAUCAACCGGUUUUGAUUAAAGCUAAUAAAGAUGUCUAUUGAGUUAUUAAACUGCCUUAUGCUGAUUAUCAAUCAAUUACCUUGACAAGUGUUCCUUUCCAUACGUAAACUCAUUUUUUGGGAGUUUUUGCUUUGAAAGAGUCAAAAUAGUUUUAUCUGUUGCGCAUACAAGAUCGAUAAGCAUACACAAUCGAACCAUACAAGCAGGCUGGCAGGUGCGUUCUUGAUUUUCCUGUUUGUUAUCCCUUCUCUUACCAGGAGGGGAAGCACUGUUCCCAGCAGAUUUCUGUUCUCCGCUCCAUGUGCUCUGGAUAGGGCUUUAGACUUGUCUGUACAUAAAUAGAGGGCUGUUGGCAUGUGAUAUUAUACCCCAGAGGCCUUUCUGUUCAUAUUGCUUUAGAUGUCAUGAAUUUCAUUGUCUCACAUAUUUUGCUCGCAAGUGUUUUCUCUUGAAAACAGAUGAACGCAUGAGGAUUGGAGAUGGGUUUACUGGGGCUCUUUGGUCAAUGUAUUUAUGUAUUCAUAUAGCCGAAUAAUUAGUUGUUUUUCUAGACACAAAACAAAUGCUUUGUCAACCAUAAAGUUUAAAAAUGUCGAAGGUCAGAUGUCGUUUCCGCAUGUUUUCUCGCUGAAGAGCAGCAAUGGUCAUUUCCAUCAUUUGUUUUAUUUGCAAAAAUUAUCUAAUUGGAACCAGAUAUUUGUGACAGUACAGUUUUGUAAAUCUCCGUGUUUCAAAUUACAACAGAAAUGUUCAACAUUCAAAACUAAUUUAUGUGGCUUUAACUUACUCACUGAAAAGGGAUUUUCAUGGCUAAACUGUAAGGGUCUGAAAAGGAUCCAUCUUGUUUGGAUUUAAAGCAUUAUCUGAUGUUACCUAAUAGGUUUAUUGUUAGUUGUCAGUUGAUUUGGCAUCUUUUCAUCAGAGACAACAGGACGGGAGGGGCCGUGUAUCCUGUUACUCCACAUAGAUAACUGAUAUGAAACCAGCCUAACAGGUGCUGUGGCUACCGAUGCUAGUACUGAUACUUUGUGGGCCCUUUGUGGACAUUCUAUGUGGCUGGGGUUAUUGAGUCAUGGUUGACACAAGGACAAUAAGGUAUGUUGAAUGACCUUGAUACGGUAUAGUGGAUAAGCAGCCUAUUGUUCAUCCAUGCCAGAAACGGUCCAGAAUCUGGAUAGACAUCAGAAACAUUUGUACUUAUGGGUGAAUGUUUAUGUUGACUUAUCAUUUGUGUGAUUUAAUGUCAAUCACAUGACUUCUAUAGUUUAGAGCCUGAUAGAAAGAUUGAAGAAAAGGUGGUUUGAGAAGGUAAUGUGGUGUGGUAACCUUGUCUGAGUCUAGAGUCACUCCAAACAUCGACCACAUGACCCAGAUGUACUUUUGAUCUAAUGGCUGACUCUUACAGCUUAGUGGGAGGGCAGAAUGGGUGCUGGGAUGUGAGCCAGGGAGCGGUAGACUAUGUGGUGCAGUAUGGGCUCAAAUGCCAUAACUGUCCCUCGUCAAAGUGUCUGGAAGACGAUAGCGAUAUGAAAUUAAGAAAGUACAGUUGAAAAGAUUGUAACAGCCCAAACUUUGAUGAAUGUACGAGAUGGAUUCGAAAAACAACAGUUGUCCCAUCCCUUGUGAGCUUUUACCAUACGCGAGUGGCGAAGCCUCGUGUAAAGAACUGGGCAAAAUGUCAAUUGACCAAACCUCCCUUCUCACUGUGUCAUCCCCCACCCAUGUAUCACUGCUCAGAUUGGGCAUACGGGAAGUACUUGUGGUUAUAUGUAUGGUGUAUGCACGCAUGUCACGUGGACUACAUCAUUGCGUUCUGACUAGUACAAAACUCAGGCCCAGAAACAUUAGUUUUACAAUACUUUAUUGUUCUGUUUUUAAAGGAAGCCAACAUAAAGGGUUUAGUUGAAAACAGUGUUUAACCCCAUACAGGACAGUGGUACUCUUAAUGUCUGGACAUCAGGUUACUUGGUUGAGGCAUCAUAUAGUUAGUUGUUCAGUUCGAUGUGAUUUUAAUCAAAGUAGUGCUGGGAUCUAAAGUGCUAUAUUAGCCGCUGUUGAUGUGUAUCUCUCAAUGCUGUUUUUUUCCCUUCAUCCUAAAAGUCUAACUUGUUGGUGGUAUGUAAUCUUUGCUGAGUCCUACCUUUGUCCUCAAUGAGAACUUCCUGUAAAAUGAAUCCUGGUCAAACAUUCUGAGUCCUCGGGUUCUAAAAUGUAGAUAUGGGAGGCUACAUGUUGGAGAUGAAGUAGAUAAUAGUAUAACUUUUAAAUGUGGGACAUUUAGGAGUGGGAGGGAUUAAUAAGGACAACUGUAUGGGUUAUGCAACUGUAUUUUCAUACAUUAGGCAACCUGUUGGUUAUGUCUACAGUCAGCUGUCUCCAUUUUAUUGCCUUUGUUGUACUGCAUAUCUCUUUACAUCACGAAUUAAGUUUUUCUUUGUGUGGGAAAACAAUUUGUAAAACAUUUCAUUCAUGUGGGUUUGGGGUAUAUUGUUUCUGUAUAAUGAAUGCACACUAUAUGGUGUUGGGGUGAAACAAAAUAAAAAUGAUGGGUAAUGUAGGAUACA